AUGCCUUUAUCCCUGCACAGCUGUAAAAACCUGCCACAGCCAGCACAUCUGGCAGCAUCAGCUAGCUGCCGCUGCCGCAACGUCACCCAGUCUGAGGUCACCACUGUCAUCCACAAAGAGUCACCCACCGCCAAGCUGUCACUCACAGCCAGAGUGAGAGUGGAGCGAGUGAGGGACAUGGGCCAGAUCCACAACAUUGAUAAGUCCAGUUUCAGCAGAAAUCUGUUCAUCAUUGAAGUUUCCUGGAAGUUGGUGAAAGGAGGAGUCAAGCAGCAGCUGAUGCAUCAAGGAGACCAGAAGAUGUUUCAAGUCGUCGUCCUCCUCCUCUUGGUUCCAGCGUUGAUCAGCUGCCAUUACGUCCGAUAUCCGACUGACUGUAGCCAUAUCAAUGAAUUCGGAGAUAACCACCGGAGCUACUCCCACUCAAUCUACCCUGAAGGAGAGAACCUCGAAGUCCGAGUGAUUCAGACCAGGAUGGAUGGAACCGUCAACUUCUACAGGCCCUGGAUUCAGUACAAGGUCGGCUUUGGUUCGGUGGAUGGAGAACACUGGCUAGGUCUGGACAACCUACACUAUCUGACCUCAGGACCCAAGAAGUUUGAGUUACAGGUGGACAUGAAGGACUUUGAGGGAAAUAAUGCGUCCGCGCAUUACAGGAUGUUCUCCGUCGGCUCUGAGUGUAACGGAUACAACUUGACUGUGUCUGGAUUCACAGAUAAAGGAGCAGGAGACUCCAUGAUGACACACAAUGGCAUGAAGUUCUCAACCUUCGACAAAGACCAGGACCCAGAUACUCGCAACUGUGCCUCUCUAUACAUGGGAGCUUUCUGGUACAACCAAUGUCACCAUGCAAACCCUAAUGGGGUCUAUCGCUGGAGGCAGGAGGAGACUCCCUUUGCUGUUGGAGUUAUAUGGCACAGUUGGAAAAACACCUAUGGCUACUCUCUGAAGUCCAUCGUCAUGAAGAUCCAUCCUGCGCAGCACUAG